GGAGGGCAGGUGGCGGGGCGCGAGCCCCGCUAGCGGGACUAGGAGGAAGCGGGGGUCGCGAGGUGCCGCGUGGGAGGAGGCGCGGGCUGCAGGCCCAGAAGGCGGGCGGAACGCGGCUGGCUGAUGGGCGGGCGGCGCCGGGCCACGCCGCGCUGUGGGGGAGGGCGGUGCGGGGCCGGGCCUGGCUAGUCCCGCCAGCCCAGCGUCUGAGCAGCGCCGCUGUUCCCCAACCCCGCCGAUCCCAGCUCAGCCCUGGAGCGAGUUGCUUUAUCAAGAACGGCCACUGUGCGUGAUCCCCUGACCAGCGUUACCCAUUGAAUUUCCUAGUGGGCCCUCCAAAGUAGGUAUUUCAGCACCCUGUUAGAGCUGAGGCGCAGGUAAAGUGACCCAGGUAGGUCCCGCUGAUAAGAACUCUGUAAGGAUUUGAACCUUGCCUCCACAACUCCGGAGCCUGCGCCUUUCCUCCUCCCCGCGUGGACUCCUGCCCGGCACAGUGCUUCACAUCCUUCUCCGGAGUCAUCAAGUUUGGUGUAUGUGUCGGCUGGUUCUGAAGUCUUGAAGCUCUGCACUGAGGAAGACCAAAGUAGCACUUGUUGCCAAUUAGGGAAUGGACCGAUUGGGUUCCUUUAGCAAUGAUCCCUCUGAUAAGCCACCUUGCCGAGGCUGCUCCUCCUACCUCAUGGAGCCUUAUAUCAAGUGUGCUGAAUGUGGGCCACCUCCUUUUUUCCUCUGCUUGCAGUGUUUCACUCGAGGGUUUGAGUACAAGAAACAUCAAAGCGAUCAUACUUAUGAAAUAAUGGUGGAGUUUUGCUCUUGUUGCCCAGGCUGGAGUGCAAUGGCGCGAUCUCAGCUCAUGACAACCUCUGCCUCACAGACCUCAGAUUUUCCUGUCCUUGAUCCCAGCUGGACUGCUCAAGAAGAAAUGGCCCUUUUAGAAGCUGUGAUGGACUGUGGCUUUGGAAAUUGGCAGGAUGUAGCCAAUCAAAUGUGCACCAAGACCAAGGAGGAGUGUGAGAAGCACUAUAUGAAGCAUUUCAUCAAUAACCCUCUGUUUGCGUCUACCCUGCUGAACCUGAAACAAGCAGAGGAAGCAAAAACUGCUGACACAGCCAUUCCAUUUCACUCUACAGAUGACCCUCCCCGACCUACCUUUGACUCCUUGCUUUCUCGGGACAUGGCCGGGUACAUGCCAGCUCGAGCAGAUUUCAUUGAGGAAUUUGACAAUUAUGCAGAAUGGGACUUGAGAGACAUUGAUUUUGUUGAAGAUGACUCGGACAUUUUACAUGCUCUGAAGAUGGCUGUGGUAGAUAUCUAUCAUUCCAGAUUAAAGGAGAGACAAAGAAGAAAAAAAAUUAUAAGAGACCAUGGAUUAAUCAACCUUAGAAAGUUUCAGUUAAUGGAACGGCGGUAUCCCAAGGAAGUCCAGGACCUUUAUGAAACAAUGAGGCGAUUUGCAAGAAUUGUGGGGCCAGUGGAACAUGACAAAUUUAUUGAAAGCCAUGCAUUGGAGUUUGAACUCCGAAGGGAAAUCAAGAGGCUCCAAGAAUAUAGGACAGCAGGCAUUACCAAUUUUUGUAGUGCCAGAACCUACGAUCACCUCAAGAAGACCCGGGAGGAAGAGCGCGUUAAACGCACUAUGCUCUCUGAAGUUCUCCAGUAUAUCCAGGACAGUAGUGCUUGCCAGCAGUGGCUCCGCCGGCAAGCUGACAUCGAUUCCGGCCUGAGUCCUUCUCUUCCAGUAGCUUCAAAUUCAGGUAGACGGAGUGCACCACCCUUGAACCUCACGGGCCUCCCUGGCACAGAGAAGCUGAAUGAAAAAGAAAAGGAGCUCUGUCAGAUGGUGAGGUUGGUCCCUGGAGCCUAUUUAGAAUACAAAUCUGCUCUAUUGAACGAAUGUAACAAGCAAGGAGGCUUAAGACUAGCACAGGCAAGAGCACUCAUCAAGAUAGAUGUGAACAAAACCCGGAAAAUCUAUGAUUUCCUCAUCCGCGAAGGAUACAUCACCAAAGGCUGAUGCUCUAAGGGCUUGGGAUCAGAAGUCAGAAGUUUGGAAUGUGGUGGAUCAAAGGACAAUAUGGGCAUUUUGGAGAAUUUUGUUUUUCAGUUGAAUUCUCAUUUUGAAAAGGGGAAAUUUUCAUUUUGAAAAAAAGGGGCAAGGACAAAGGAAACCUUAAAUUGUAUAAAGUCUGCUUUCUUCUUCAUCCUGCUUUAAAACACUCCUGUUGUUAGUAUUGUGCUGCAGAGUUGUUUGCUAGAUAAGCUAUUAUUAAAUGUGAGUGGGCAUUCAUUCCUAACACCUCUUGUAACUAAAAGAACCAUAGUACCUCACAUCACAGUGCUGGUAGAAAUAGAACUAAAUCACAGUCUUUAGUCCUGAGUCCGGCCCAGAUCCUUAUAUUGAGAGGUAAGUUUGCUGAUGAUCUGCUUUGCCUUCCAACACUGCAGACAGAUUUAAAAUAAAGAGAAAGGUUUUAUAGCAUAAGAAAGCUCUCUUCUAAGGGUUUUUAAGUUGACAACAUUCUUUUUUUUUUUGAGACAGAGUUUCGCUCUUGUUACCCAGGCUGGAGUGCAAUGGUGCGAUCUUGGCUCACUGCAACCUCCGCCUCCUGGGUUCAGGCAAUUCUCCUGCCUCAGCCUCCUGAGUAGCUGGGAUUACAGGCACGCGCCACCAUGCCCAGCUAAUUAUUUGUAUUUUUUUUAGUAGAGACAGGGUUUCACCAUGUUGACCAGGAUGGUCUCGAUCUGUUGACCUCGUGAUCCACCCGCCUUGGCCUGCCAAAGUGCUGGGAUUACAGGUGGGAGCCACCGCACCCAGCCCAACAUUUUUUUUGAGAUGGAGUUUCACUCUUGACGCCAAUGCUGGACUGCAGUGGUGCAAUCUCAGCUCACUGCAACCCCCGCUUCCCAGGUUCAGGCGAUUCUCUUGCCUCAGCCUCCCAAGUAGCUGGGACUACAGGCACCCUGCCACCAUGCCUGGCUAAUUUUGUAUUUUUAAUAGAGAUGGGAUUUUACCAUAUUGGCCAGGCUGCUCUUUAACUCCUGACCUCAGAUGAUCUGCCCACCUGGGCCUCCCAAAGUACUAGGAUUACAGGUGUGAGCCACCACGCUUGGCCUAAGCUUACAACUUUUAUGAGUAAAGGGGAAGAAAAUAUUCUUAUGAUGGUCUUAUCCCAGACUGCAUCUUUAACUCCAGCCGAGCUUCUGUAAUCCCAGCACUUUGAGAGGCUGAGGUGGUUGGAUCAUGAGGUCAGGAGUUCAAGACCAGCCUGACCAACAUGGUGAAACCCCGUGUCUACUAAAAAUACAAAAAUUAGCCGGGCAUGUUGGCACAUGCCUGUAGUCCCAGCUACUCAGGAGAUUGAGGUGGGAGAAUCACUUGAACCCGGGAGGCGGAGGUUACAGUGAGCGGAGAUUACAGCACUGCACUCCAGCCUAGGCAACUCCAUCUCAAAAAAAAAUAAAUAAACCAAAAUUUUAAUGUCUGACUGUGUACUUUGCAGUCUGCCUGUCUAAUCUGCAGUAGACUUUUGAGGAAGUGGCACUGGAUAUAACAUGUCUCUGUUAUUUUUAGAAUUAAUUGAUUAAAAUGUUUUGCUAUUUAAUUUGUGGGUGUGUCAGAUAUUCUGGUAACUAAAACACACUUAAGGUGUUGGAUGCCCGCCCCAUCACGCUGCACUGUCUGCUGACAUAUGUGUCCUGAACUCACCCUGUUCUUGUCCUGGGUUUCCCAGGAUACCAAGUCCUUGAGGAUGGAGAUGAUGCAACAGACCUCAGCUUUGCUUGGAUUGAGACUUGAACCCUAAUUUCUCAAUGGUGAAAGACUAGCCUGCAAUAAAAGCUGCUUUUAAAGCAGAAGUAAAGCAGCUUUAUAUAUGGGACUCACUAGAUGUGAGGGUGAGUAGCCCCACCACAUCUGAAACUUGGUUCUCAAACCUUUCUGCAAAAUAACAAGCCAAACGCAUAGCCAUGGUUAUCUCAUUUCUGUUAGAAACAAAGUUGUAUAUAGAAAUAACUUGGUCAGAAUCUACACAAAUCACAUUGAAUAGCUGACUGAUUGUUUAAUUCCUUCUAUAUUCAAACAUCUAAUUAAAAGGUUGUAUGCUUUGUUGGAAGCAUCUGCUCAAACUUUUGACUGUUGUAAAUAUGCAUGCAGCUGGGAAGGGACCUCAUCUAGGGGAUGAAAAAUGAAAAAGACACUCUUAGGAUCUGAGGGAAUUCAAAUAGAGGACUUUAAUUUUUUUUUUUUUUUUUUAAAGAAUGACAUGUGGAAAUGCUCUAUUUUCUUUGUAUAGUCACAUCUUAUAGAAAACAUUUUACCACUACCAUCACCCUUAGUUGGUUGUGACGGGAUUGCUGCUUAUCCCUGAAAGGUAAUUCCUGUUCUGAACAGUUGGGAUGCAUUAGACAUCAGUGUUAGGUGAUGUUUGUUGUAGUUUGAAGAGUCUUUAACCUUGAUUAAGGAAGGCUUCCUGGGAGAGGUGGGCUUUUGGGGCAAUCAUAUGAUAGAGAAGAGAGAGAGAAAUGGCAGAUGGAAGUGGGAGACAGUUCCACACACGGGGAGGAGGACGAUGUGGAGGCAGCAGUGGGUGUAAGGAAAGUGGUGCCAAGAGAUUUACUUGUCUGGAACACAAGGGGCAGCUGGGUAGUUAAGAGUGGGAGGAUGGUAGGACAGUCUGACAGAAACCUUGGAACCAGUUGAACUCUGAAAAGCUGAUGGAAAAUCAGUAGACUUCAUGAGAAAAAUGAUAUGGUUGAAAAUAGUAAUAGAAAAAUAAGACCGAAGUUUUAAAUGACUAGAUUUUAGAAAGUAGCGUUAUUAUUUCUUUGGUAAACCCAACUUUGCAAAGAUACAUAGCAUUGCAUCCUUCCUCUUUUCUUCUAGACAGGGUUGGCCAUAAACCAGCUACACUGACAGAGGUCUCUCCUAGUCCAGAUUGUCUCAGAAGAGAGUUUACCCUGAAACUCAAUGACAUGAAUAAGACCUAUUUACUGAAAUUUUUAUUGCAAUUUAUUGUUAAAGGUUUCUGCUGGAGUUUUAUGCAUAUUUUUCUAGGUGGUGGGAAAUGAACAAAUCUCUUUCCAUGUAAUGACCCUUCUCUGUGCCCGAAGACCAAGACUCUCUCUCUUGAGAGACCAAUUACCUGUAAUCCCAGUACUUUGGGGGGCGGAGGCAGGCGGAUCACCUGAGGUCAGGAGUUCGAGACCAGUCUGACCAACAUGGAGAAACCCCAUCUCUACUAAAAAUACAAAAAAUUAGCAGGACGUGGUGGCGCAUGCCUGUAAUCUCAGCUGCUCGGGAGGCUGAGACGAGAGAAUCGCUUGAGCCUGGGAGGCAGAGGUUGCAGUGAGCCAAGAUCGCACCAUUUCCACUCUAGCCAAAAACAAAAAAAAAAAAAAAAGGGAGAGAGAGAGAGAGAGAGAGA